GCGACGGUAUUGAAACGUUAGUCGUGCUCACCAACACAUUGAGCACCUCAGCGUUGUUUCGUUGAGUUCUGCACUGAACGGAGGGACACCGGAACGGACGGAGAAUACGGUACACUACGGUACAGUAUUUUGAAGAUGCCCGCUUUGUCACUUUUAGUCGAGCAACUAUGUAGCAAGCUAUAGCUACAUCAACAAGUUUGCAGCCAUUAACUAUGGGCAUGCGCAGUCUGUGACCUCAGGCACGGGUCGUAACUGUAAGCGAUAAUAACAAGUUCAAAUCAAACUGAAGUUAGUUGGUUAGCCGAUAACCAAGAUAAACGCCUGGAAUAUGUUUUUAAUUUCUGAAUACACUCGGAACAAAUCGUUUUUUGUUGAUUUGUUUGGUUGUGCUCUCUUACACAUCACUGGAAAUCCACAUUAAGUUGAGCUAUAACGUUAAUUUAACUUCAAACAAGCGUAUUAAGCGAACAGCUUGUGUUUUCAUGGCGUUCAGUGUCAGCGGGUCAAAGUCCAGACUUUUUCACACUGACUGGAACUGAAAGGUAAAGUGAGAAAUCGACGUACAUUUACUUAAGUAGAAUAAAGUUGUUCUACUUCAUAUGAAGUUGUUCAAACUAGCAUGAUAUAACUGACAUGUAAUUUAUCAGUCACCGGGGUUGAUUUCUCCAAAAUGCGUAUUUUUACUUUUGAAACACAAGACUUUUUCUAGUACAGGAUCUGUGUACAUCCUCCACCAAAGAAACUGGCUGGUGUUUUGUCUGUGGAGAUUCUCCUUCAUCCAGGUCAUGGUACUUAGGUACAUAGGUUUUUCCAAAAGGCAACUGGACUUGUUUGAGGUUUGAGAAGACUUUUCGCCUCUCAUCCAAAAGGCUUCUUCAGUCGUAACUGACUUGCGGGAGGUCUCAGGUAUUUAUCCUCUUGCUGGGUCAUGGAGCCGCCUAGCUAUAAUGUGAGUCAUUAAGGUCACAUGGGCCAAGGUGUUAUUGGGUCAAUAGACUACAAUGUGUGGGUCCUGGUGUGAAGGGAUGGGGUUUUUCUGCCUGGCCAUCAUAUAAUGCGUCAGGGUCACCUGGCUCUUGGUGUAAAUGGCUGUUGAGCUGCCUGGUGAGGGGUCUGGGUACAACAUUGUAAGUGGCAGAAGUGCUGUCUUAGGCCACCCCCUCAGUUCAGUGAUGGCUUCUUGCACUCCUCUUUCAAACCAUCUGUCUUCCCUGGCCAGAAUACGUACAUUAUUGUCCUCAAAAGAGUGUCCCUUGUCCUUCAGAUGUAGGUGGACUGCUGGGUCUUGACCCGAGGUGCUGGCUCUCCUGUGUUGUGCCAUGCAUUUGUAGAGCGGUUGUUUUGUUUCCCCAGUGUAUAAGUCUGUGCACUCCUCGCUGCAUUGCACUGCAUGCACCACAUUGCUCUGUUUGUGCAUGGGUGUUUUGUCCUUAGGGUGGGCAAUUUUCUGCCUCAGGGUGUUACUGGGCCUGAAAUGCACAGGGGUGCUUCUGACAGUGUUUUGUCAGAAGCGAUGUAAUCACCUCAGUAUCUCUUUCUGUGUCAGGUUGUGGAUGAUGCUGCAGCGGGUGGCGGUGGUUGGUGCCGGGGCGGCAGGACUCUGUACAGCCAGACACAUCCUGUCUCACUUGAACAUCUUCGCCCCUCCAGUGGUGUUUGAGCUCACUGGCAAUGUUGGCGGCACCUGGUGCUAUGAUGAACGUGUUGGGACAUACGACAACGGACGGCCAAUUCACAGCAGUAUGUACAGAGAUCUCAGGACCAACCUGCCUAAGGAGGUGAUGAUGUUCCCUGAUUUCCCCUUUGACCCCCAACUGAACAGCUUCCUGCCCCAUCAGGAAGUUCAGAGGUACCUGGAGAGAUACUGCCAGAGCUACAACAUCCGGCCUCACAUCAGGUUCAACACAGCGGUGGAAAAAGUGAAGCCUGUUGUCUUGACGACCGAGGGCGAGGAGGCGAGGACAACAUGGGAGGUGACCUCGUCUGAUUCAUCAGGUUAUGAGAAAACAGAGACCUUCGACACAGUCUUCGUCUGCUCAGGGCACUACUCCGACCCUCACAUCCCAGACAUACCUGGGAUUGAGAACUUUAAAGGAAAGGUGCUCCACAGUCAUGCGUACAGGUAUGCAGAGCCAUUCUCAGGUCAGUCAGUGGUGGUUCUGGGAGCCAAAGCUUCAGGAUUGGACAUUUCCAUUGAACUGGCCAAAGUUGGUGCCCAGGUGACUCUGAGUCAUGGUCGUCCUCGUUUCACCUUUCCUCUCCCCUCUGGGAUUCAGCAGUCUAGUCCAAUGGUGGCGGUCGAGGAGGACGGCCUCAUUCGCUUCCAGGAUGGCUCUGUGGGUGCUGCUGACGUCCUGAUGUUCUGCACCGGGUACAACUUCAGGUAUCCAUUCCUGGACGCGGCUCAGCUGGGUCUGGAGAUCCAGGACCAUUUGGUGUCUCCGUUGUACCACUUUCUGAUGCCCCCAGCCUUCCCCUCGCUCAUCUUCAUUGGCAUCUGCAAGAUGAUCUGCCCCUUUCCCAACUUCGACUGCCAGGUCCGAUUUGCUUUGGCCGUAUUGGACGGCUCAGUCACUUUACCAUCUGCGACCCAGAUGGAGGAUGAGGUCCGGCGAAACCAGCAGGAAAAGGUGAAGCAAGGAGUCCAGCAGCACCACCUGCUGAUUAUGGAACAGCAUCAGUGGGAUUACUGCCAGAUGCUGGCUCGCACCGCCGGCUUCCCGCCGCUGCCGCCAGUCAUACGCAGCCUGUAUGAAGAGGUGAGGCGGCAGCGACAAGUUGAGCCCGAAAACUAUCGGAGAAUCAACUAUAGGUGGAUCAGUGACACCCAGUGGGAGGUGAUCAACUGAUGAAUUGAUGGAGAUGAAAAGUUAAACAGCAGGUGCAAAAAAUCACAAAAACACCAUGUGACACAAUACAACAGCUUCAUACAACUUGUUGAUACACCUAAAUCUGCUUUAAAAAAAAAAAAUCUAGUUAAGUGUCUUAUAUUCAGUGUUUAUGGAGGUCUUCUGUUUGCCAGUUGCAGCACUCAGCAGCACUCCAGACGUAAUUACACACUGUCUUGAAUUUUACAUGAGCUCCACUGACAUGAAUGAAUCACCAGCACUCCAACAGAUGAAGUCAUGUUUUUUAGCCACUCUAGCAGCAUGGAUCUCAGGAUGAUGGAAGUUGCUGGUCAGUCGGUUGGUCCACCACUCUAGCCCAGACUGAAAUAUGCCAACAACCCCUGGAUGGAUUGCUGUGGAAUUUUGCAUGAACAUUCUUUGUUCCCAGAUGAUGAGUCCUGCUGGCUUUGAUGAUGACUUGUCCUCUUCCGCCACCAUGAGGUUGAAAUCUUUUGGUUCAGAUAGAAAUAUCUUAACAGCUGUUGGAUGGAUUGACAUGAAACCUGGAUCAAACGUUCAUGUUCUCUUCAGUAUCAGUUGUGAUAACUUUGGUGAACCUCUGACAUUUAAUUUAGAAUUUAAUUUACCCUUGAUGGGAAUUCACUGCAUAGCUACAGAGCCUAUGAACGUAGCUGCCAUUCUCCUCUGCAAAAACGUAACUACAUGUUGGGGCUGCAGCGGCUACGUGGAGCAUGACUGGUCAACAUGAAGCAAGUUGACGAAAGACUCUGUUAUCCGCUGCUUUUCACCAAUGCACAACUAGCAAAGACAUCUUCCUGCAAACUGUCUGUCCACGAUCAUGCAAAGUCGACAUGAUUACUUCCGCGAUUGAUUGCACAGCGGUAUGCUGUCACCUCGUGUCAGUUAAAAAUGCAGUUUUAGUCUUGGUACUUUUCUCCUUAACUGUUGUUGAUUGCAUUUCUUGAACUUCAUGAUCACUCAAUGGUUAAAAUGUGUUCUGCCAUUAAGUAAACAACUUGACCGUACUGGAUCUGGAUUCGGGCCAACACUUUACUGAUUGUAUAGAUCUGUGCUGUUGGGUUGUAGAUGUGUGUGAAGCCUCCAUGUUUACAAUUUGUUACUUUGCAGCAACAUCCAUAUUUGAAACAUUGUAGUCACCACAAGCUCUUUGGUUCUGCUGAUAUUGCGCUUCAGGUAAUUGUUGUUGCACCAUGUGAUGAAGCUCUCUAUUAGCCCUCUGUACUCCUCUGGAAAAAUAGUCUCUAAGUGAAGACAUCAUGUUUUUUUCUGGAAAUUGUUCACUGGAAUUCAACAAGUCAAUACAGUGAUAAGUUCCAUUUCACCAAAAAUCCACUUCAUACCUUUAACCUUUCCUCACCAAAGUCUUCACUACAUAUAAGAGUCUGGAUGUUGAUGUAAACUGUAACUUGACUGGUUGGCAGAGGCAAAUAAAUGCAAGACGAUAAAUUAUGUUCAGGUCAUGAAAAAAAGAGUAAAAAUAGAGACUAAUAAUAAAUUAAGUGUCAGACGCCCAGCAGUGAUCUCAAUGUUCAGUUUAUUAAUCAUUUCUGGGCCUGAACGGAUCUACAUGUUAACCAUGAACGAGGCCGAGGACACAGAGAGCUGAUGUCAACGACAGACUUUAAUCCAGAUAUUGUGCCACAAAACGUCAAAAUACACAAGUCAAAAAUAUGAGGUCUGACUUCACGGACUGACCUGAGCUCAAAAACAACAACAACAUCACAUGAAGCAGGAACGUGCAGAGUGUUGCUCUUUGAUGGAGGUGCAGGUCAGCAACAUGGCUGCCAUUCAGCGUUUUACAUGGUAUUGAGUAUCACCUUAUCUUAAGAAUCCCAUUUAUUUAGUACACAUUCCAGGAUUAAGUGAAGGUGUGUCCUAACGAACAUGAGAAAAUAAUGAUGAAGUCAGCAACCUGUUAAAACUCAACAGAACAGUUAGAGUUUAUGUCACGGAGUCAAAGGUCAACUUUCUAGUUUCUGGCUAACGGCAGGAUAGGGUGCAUAUUACAAACUUUGAGUAAGUCUUUAAAAUGGGUGUCAUUUGCCUUUAAGCCUUUCAUAUCACAAUUUCAUGUGGACAAAAGUGAGCCUUUAUUUCAUUUCUUUUGCCACAGAGCAUCUUAUGUGAAGAUAAAUAAAAAACAUUCACAGGUUCCAGCUUCUAAAAUCUGACAAUUUUCUGCCUUCCAUGUCUUUUAUCAUUACAAACUAAAUAUCUUUGGGUUUUUGGACUGUUGGUUGGGAAAACAACAUUUGAUUGCAUCUCGUUGUACUGUUGGAGCAUUCUCCACCAGAUUUUGACAAUUAAUUUUAUAUGAAAGAUUAUGAAUUUAAGAAAAAAAAAAGGAUUGAUUAACUGAUCAAAAUAAUUGGUAAUUUUAUAGUAACAGAAAAUGACACAUGUAAUCAAGACUUUGAUAAACUGUUGCUUCAUAACAUCAUUGCCAAUUAAACAUCACAAAGAGAGCAAAAUGUCUAUAUAUUUAAGAUUUAUUACUUUUUUUAUGUUAUUUUGUGAACAGCUGCUUCAGUUCUGUUGCACUUUACAUUGUCGGGCCAUAAUGUCCAUGAAAGGACACUCAGAAAUCAACCAUAUUUAGUCUGCAUACUGUCUGAUUUGAAUAUACUGCAUUUGGCCACGUUUCCAGUAUGAAUUGAACACAUUAUUCAAAUCCUGUAGUAGUUUGACUGCUACAGCCAAAGCCACGAGUAUAUCCAUGUAUCUCAGUCCAGAACCGAAAUAAAAGCAUGUUAAAUGUAAUUGUGUAAUUGUGUGUAAGGAGGACAAAUGAUGGUAAUAAUGCUUUCAAUUUCAGGAAAUUAAUUUAUUGAAGGGCACAAUUUUAGUCUUCUGAGGACAUGAAGAGAAUGAGUGGACAAAUUACUGACUUAAAAGGACAAAAAUGUAAUUGGAGUUAUUUAGUGAAUUAGUCAUUUGAGAGUAGUUGAUUGAAAUAAACGCCCCCCUCUGACAAUCCACACAUUUCUGAUUCAGGAAUUACUGUUUAAUAUUCACAGAGUUAUGAGGUCUUGCUAAACAGGAUGUCUACAGUUAGUUUUAUAUGAUAGCUCAGUGUGUCUGUUUGACUUGACUCAAUCAGUCAAAAACUGUCAAGUGAUUAAAUCUGCCAUCACAUGUCUGUAUAUACAUUUUCUAAUUUCUGACAAAGCCGGAAAUUCAGGAAAAGUUGGCCUAUCGAUAAAAGCAAAAUGUGACAGUGCAAGGGCGUUAAACUCAUCAGAUCUGUGUGGAGCGAUGAGGAGACUGUAACCUUCCUCACAUUAAUGAAACAGAAAUGUCUUUUCCAUCAUGUUUUCUACAUGGUUUUCCAUUGUUUGUGCUUUGACUGGAGCUCUUUUAAAGACACCGUCAACCAUAAACCAAUUCCUAAUAUUCACAUAACAGUAGCGGAUGGAAACAUGAUUUAAUUCACAUUUUCUUUCUGCCAAUUUCCUGAACAAAUUCUUGCUAAAAUUCAUUUAUUUGCUCU